CAACACGCACGCAACACGCACGCAGGGAGACAGAGAGAGAGAUUCUGAGGGGGGUUGGUUUCCAAAUUCAACAACACCGCCAAGACGGAUUUCCUGUGGGAUAAACGCACCGGGCUCGCUGCAAAAACGGAGCAUGUGGUUUGAAAGGAGACCCCCAGGAGACCUAGUUUGAGGUUUGCUGUGUCAGACCCCCAAGUCUCCCUGCCUGGUGUGCCGCGCAGCGCCCUGAAACCUACAGUCUCCUGAAACCAGGCUUCGUGUUCCCUCAGCUUCAGAGAUGCCUCUCCCGAGACGGCUCCGCUCUUCGGAGCGGGGGAGCCGGGACAGCUACCACGACCGGUACCGGAGCCGCAAGCACCGGCGGAGACGCAGCCGGUCCCGGUCCAGCAGCAGCGAGAGGGAACGGAGAGGACACAGGCAUGAGGACAGCUUCCACCUGCGCUCCAGGAGCUACGAUGACCCGUGUGUGGCGCGGCGGGCGUACACCCGGCGAUACUGCGGCAGCUACCGGCGCCAGGACUACAGCCGGGACCGGGCGGGCCGAGGAGGCGGAGGCGAUUACGAGGAGGAGUUCCCUUCACAGCGCCAGCAGCCCUACCACAGCCAGCGCGCCGCCAGCAGGUGUAAGCACAAACACAGGAGGCAUAGAACCAGGUCUUAUAGUGCGUCCUCAUCGAGGAGUGGACACAGCAGUGGCCCAGGCAGGACACGGGCGCAGAGCGUGAGGGAUGACGAGGAAGGGCACCUGGUCUAUCGUUCCGGCGACUGCCUUCAACAAAGAUAUGAGAUUGUUAGCACUCUAGGUGAAGGCACCUUCGGGCGGGUGGUGCAGUGCAUCGACCAUCGAAGGGGCGGAGCGCGAGUGGCUCUCAAAAUAAUCAAGAACGUGGAGAAGUACAAAGAGGCAGCGCGACUGGAGAUCAACGUGCUGGAAAAAAUCAACGCGAAAGACCCAGACAACAAACAUCUGUGUAUUCAGAUGUUUGACUGGUUUGACUAUCACGGGCACAUGUGCCUCUCCUUUGAGCUGCUGGCUCUCAGCACCUUCGAUUUCCUCAAGGAGAACAACUACCUGCCCUACCCCCUGCACCAGGUCCGCCACAUGGGCUACCAGCUGUGCCUGGCCGUCAAGUUUCUCCAUGACAACAAGCUGACGCACACAGACUUGAAACCAGAGAAUAUUCUCUUUGUGAACUCCGACUACACCAUCACCUACAACGUGGAAAAGAAGCGCGACGAGCGGACAGUGAAGAACACCGCGGUGAGGGUCGUGGAUUUCGGCAGCGCCACGUUUGACCACGAGCACCACAGCACCAUCGUCUCCACCAGGCAUUACAGGGCCCCCGAGGUCAUUCUAGAGCUGGGCUGGACCCAGCCGUGUGACGUGUGGAGCAUCGGCAGCAUCGUGUUCGAGUAUUACCUGGGCAUCACGCUGUUCCAGACUCAUGAUAACAGAGAACACCUGGCCAUGAUGGAGAGGAUUCUGGGACCGAUCCCGUCCAGAAUGAUCCGCAAGACCAGGCAACAGAAGUAUUUCUACCACGGCCGGCUGGACUGGGAUGAGAACUCCUCCGCGGGGAGAUACGUCCGAGAGAACUGCAAACCACUGCGGAGGUACAUGCUGUCAGAGGCGGAGGAUCACCACCUCCUGUUUGAUCUGAUUGAAAGCAUGCUGGAGUUCGAGCCCUCCAAGCGCCUGUCCCUCGCAGACUCCCUGAAGCACCCCUUCUUCAGCCCGCUGCGUGGCCCCGGGGCCCCCGAGCCAGCCGGAGCCAAGAACUGGGAGGGGGGCCGGGACAUCAGCCGAUGACCAGGACCCUGGGAGGGUGGUGGAGAUGCCGGCCGGUGACCAGGAGGCAUGGACUCUGAAACCCCCUGCUAGCCACCUCACCACCCAGGGCUAGCCAGACUACGAAACCCCCUGCCAGCCACCUCACCACCCAGGGCUAGCCAGACCAUGAAGCCCCCUGCCAGCCACCUCACCACCCAGGGCUAGCCAGACCACGAGGCCCCCUGCCAGCCACCUCACCACCCAGGGCUAGCCAGACCAUGAAGCCCCCUGCCAGCCACCUCACCACCCAGGGCUAGCCAGACCAUGAAGCCCCCUGCCAGCCACCUCACCACCCAGGGCUAGCCAGACUACGGGUGGCCAGUGGCUCCACUGCUUUGAUUGGCUCAGUGGGAGUUGUGGGUGGAGCAGCGGGUUUAGCAGAGAGUGAUAAAAGACUCGAUCACCUGAACUUCCUUAUUUCACGUGCAGUAUUAGUUUGGGGGUGCAGCGGGGAGCAGCGAGACCCUGCCUGUGUGUGUGUGUGUGUGAGAGAGAGAGUCGGCUGCAAUGCGAGGGCUCCACAAAGACUUGAGUUUUAACAAUCAUGAAAUCUGGAAAUUCUCGCAGUGAAGCACAGAACACACGGACGUUGAACUCUUGUGAAUAAUCAUAAAACCUGGAGCCAGCCAGAGAGCGCAGUGUAGUACAAGAGAACUUUAUUAUUAUUUAUUAUUAUUUUCUUCUUGUUUUCAGUGUGCCGUCUCUCUCUCAGUCUUCACAGCGUGUCUGUUUUAUAAAUCCUCUCUCUCUCUCUCUCUCUCUCGCAGUGUUGAUCCAGCUCUGUGUUUUGAUCAGAACAAGUACAGAGAGCACCAAAACGUUGACAUCACCUGGGGUUUUAGGACGGAGACAUGAUUAGAAAAAACAAAAACAUGUGAACAUAAUUUAGAUAUUUUAUUUUAACAUCGUGAUAUCAAAAGAAACUACAAAAUGAUAUCGCAAAAAAUAAAUAUGAAGUCUGCCGGAAGGAAGCCAUCACAGCCGAACAGUAUUUCUUGUUAGAUUUCAAAAUGUCACAUUUUUCAGUUUUUCGUUGUUAAGUAUUUCUGGAAAACUAUACAAAGCGGUGGGGGUGUAAUUCAGUAUGUUGAGGGAACGUUAUUCUGCAGCGUUCGUUGGACUUUAGGAAGCAGAAUCACUUCAUUCUAGAGGGAGAUGCUAAACCUUUGGCCUCACAGUCAACCGCAGCACACACAGUCCCAGCCACCCAACGAGCCAAUCAAAGCCUUGGAAAACUGUGUAGAGGGGUGGGAGGAGUCGGGAACAGCUCAUUGCUGCUGUUACUUUGCCGUCCACCCUCCCUCCUCUCCCUGUGUGUCCAUGUCUUAUCUGUUCCUUCCAUCUUUCCUCCUCCUGUCCCUCAGAUUCUGAAGAGAGGGGCGAGGACAGGCUGCUGGGGAGGGCAGGAGGGUAUAUAUAUAUAUAUAUAUAUAUGGAAAAGCAACAAUUUAAAAUACUUGUAUAUAUUGUAUAUAUGAAACGAUAUCAAGUACAAUUCAAGUUGGUCUUUUUUGUUUGUUGCUACGACUGUGUUUAUUGCCGAUGUUGAAGAUUAAUGAUUAAUUCUUUUGGGGGCGGGGCGGAGCGGGGGGAGACAUUGUGGUUAAAAAUAAGAUAUAUAUUUUAUAUAAAAAAAAAAAAACACAAAAAAUGACAUGCAAGCCGGCAAUAUUGAACCCCCCCAACCCCCCCCCCCCCCCAAAACAGUCUUCUCUACGGCAUGGUGCUCCGAGGGGGGGGGGGGUGCAGGGAGUUCAGGGGAAUUUAAAUGAGGAUGAUUAUUUUUUGUUGUAGGAUUUUUUGCUGGUGCUUUUGAUAAACCGUUUAAUUUAGACUCCUGUCCCGUCAACAGCCUCGUGUGGGCGCCCUCUUGUGCUGCUGUGAGGAAGCCCAAGAGAAACUAGUCCAGCUCGCACACAGACUGAACAAUCCUGUGGGGGGGGGGGGGGAUUCUUAUUGUAAAUAACAAGCCUUGUAAAUGUUGUCUGGGUUUGGUUGAUAUCCAUGUAUUAUUAUUAUUAUUAUUAUUAUUAUUAUUAUUUUAACGGUUUAAUGAGCGGACUCUGAAUACUGACUCGUGCAAAACUAUCCAGCUGGCCUUCCUGCUGCCUCCACCCUGAUCUCAUGAUUUAUUUAUUGUUUUGUCAUGCUGUUCUGUCGGAGGGCUGGGGCACGGACACGUGUGUGUGUUUGUAUGUUUGCGUGUGUGAAUGCGUGGGCGGAGUCGUCUCAUUCUGUCGGAUGUUGGGUUUCAUUGUUCAGUGUUUUAUAAUAAAGAAACUUUAUAUUGA